GUGACGUCAUGUGUGUGAGCCAGUUGUGAGUACAGUUCGCGCUCACAGCUGCAGUUUUUCCGUGAACAAGUCAACAUUUAGUUGAGAAUAUAACAACAUUAAAACUGUGUUUGACCCUUGUUAGAAGAUGUCCUCCAGGCCAGAUCCUUCUGAUUCUGCAGUUAAGUCUGUCAGACGGUCCCCACGUUUUUCUCCCCAGGGAACAAACAGCUGUUCUGUUGGAGACUCAACCAAAGGAAGCUCAGACAGCAAAGGAGGAGGCAGGCUGCAAGAGGCAAAGAGGAGAGGAAAGAUGGAGAGAGAGCAGAGAGAACAAGAGCUCAACCAGAAACUACAGCAGCUGGACCUGUCAAGUCGAUCAGCCGCAGUUGGCACUGGACUAGCGUAUUCUGAAGAGUUCACCAAACAUAGGAACCUCUGGGAUACAAGUCACCCAGAAUGUCCAGAGAGAUUGCAGAGGAUUAUGGAGGAGCUGGAAAAACAGGAAUUGCUCAGUCGCUGCACCAGAAUCCAGCCACGAGAGGCAACAGACAAAGAACUGCUGCUCGUUCACUCGCAAAUGUAUGUGGAUUUGAUGCGCUCGACCCAAGCAAUGACAGAGGCUGAACUGAGAUCUCUGUCAGAAAAAUACGACUCUGUUUAUCUCCAUCCGGACUCAUUUUCUGUAGCAGCUCUGGCUGUGGGCUCAGUCCUGCAGCUUGUUGACAGAGUCCUCUCCUCUGAACUCAGGAAUGGAUUUGCUCUCGUCAGACCUCCUGGACACCACGCUCAAAGAGAUCAGGCGAAUGGUUUCAGUGUGUUUAAUAACGUGGCCAUUGCAGCUCGUUAUGCUCAGACCAAGCACAGAAUCAAUAGAGUUCUCAUCGUGGACUGGGAUGUGCACCAUGGGCAGGGCAUCCAGUACAGCUUCCAGGAUGACCCCAACGUUGUCUACUUCAGCGCCCACCGCUUUGAGCAUGGAUCAUUUUGGCCUCAUCUUUCUGAGUCCAACUCUGAUUUCAUAGGAGGCACAAGAGGAGCCGGACGAACCAUCAACUUACCCUGGAACAAGACUGGAAUGACUGAUGCAGAUUACAUCGCUGCUUUUUAUCAUCUACUGCUUCCUGUUGCAUAUGAGUUCCAGCCUGAAUUAGUUCUGGUAUCAGCCGGGUUCGACUCCACAGAGGGUGACCCUAAGGGUGAGAUGUGUGUCAGUCCUCAGUGCUUCCAAUUGUUAACCCGCCUCCUCAUGAGUAUAGCAGAAGGACGCAUCAUUCUGGCUCUAGAGGGUGGUUAUAACCUGAGUCAGACAGCAGAGGGUGCUGCAGCUUGUGUGAAAGCCUUACUGGGUGGAGCCUGUCCUCCCCUGUCUUCACCCACGGCUCCCUCCAACAGUGCUUUGGAGUCCAUAUCUCAGACCAUUAGUUCCCUGUAUCCUUAUUGGGCUUCUCUCCAGGUUCUGGAGGGAUACGCGGUCACUGGGGGUGGAGUCUCGAGAGAAUCGACCAAUCAGGGAAGCUUGUGUUGCGCAAGUCCCACCACUUCAGUAUCCACAAAGACAGGAUUGGUUUAUGAUGAGAGGAUGAUGGAGCACCUCAACAUGUGGGACAAGCAUCAUCCAGAGCAGCCUAAUAGAAUUUCAAAGAUCUACUCUCAACACCAACAACUGGGUCUGGAGCAGCGUUGUGAGAGACUAGAAGUCCGACUGGCAACGGAGGAAGAGCUCCUGAUGUGCCACAGUGCAGAUCACAUUGCUCGUAUGAAGGCCUCCUCUGAUCUGAAGCCCAGAGACUUGUUCAAACUGGGAGAGGAGUUUAACUCUAUCUUCCUAAAUAAUCAGAGUUAUGAGUGUGCUCUGAUGGCAGCAGGGGGCUGUUUCAGAGCUGUGGAGGCCGUCCUCACUGGACAGGUCUCUAACUCUGUAGCGAUAGUUCGCCCUCCUGGACACCAUGCAGAGAAGGACUUUCCCUGUGGCUUCUGUCUCUUCAACACCGCGGCGCUUACAGCUCGAUAUGCUCAGAAAGUUUCAAACAAUCCAUCUCUCAGGGUCAUGAUUCUGGACUGGGACGUUCACCAUGGCAACGGGACCCAACACAUGUUUGAAGAUGACGACAGUGUGUUGUAUGUAUCACUUCACCGCUAUGACAAUGGCAGCUUCUUCCCCUCCUCAUCAGACGCAGCAUGUGACAAAGUGGGCGUGGCCAGAGGAGAGGGCUUUAACGUGAACGUGGCCUGGAGCGGAGGGAGGAUGGGAGAUGCAGACUAUAUCGCUGCAUUUCACCAAGUCGUGAUGCCUAUCGCCACUGAGUUCAACCCAGACCUGGUCCUGGUCUCGGCUGGGUUUGAUGCAGCUCGUGGAGAUCCUUUAGGAGGGUACAAUGUGACUCCAGAGGGAUAUGCCCACUUCACUCACCUACUGCUUACUCUGGCCUCUGGGAAACUAGUCAUGAUUCUGGAGGGAGGGUACAACUUGACGUCCAUCUCCGAGUCCAUGGCCCUCUGUACCUCUGUGUUACUCGGAGACCCGCCCCCAUCAAUCUUGUCCCCGCCUCCUCAUCACAGUGCUGUAGCAACCAUCAACGAGGUCAUCAGACACCAUGCUCCAUUCUGGAAGUCACUACGGAUACACAUCCCAGAUUCUGUGCGCGAGUCAUUGCCAUCCCCAAAGCAUCGUGGGAAACGCAGUUCGAAAGGAAAAGGCAGGAAGUCUGAUCAAAACGACAAACCUCCACUUCGUGCCUCAGACCUGGAGCAGCUCACGCAGGAAUUGGCCGGAUUAGACAUCACUCAGUCUGCUCCUGUGGGUGGGGCGAGACCCAAGGUCCGCCCCAGCUCUGGAAAUCCAGACAGUCAGGGAGAGGAAAAGGCAGAGUCAUCGAAAAAGAGUCUGUCUGAGACACAGGUUGUUGCCGCUACUGACUCAGAUAUGGCUGCUGCUAAAAAAGAGCCUUCACCAGUGAAAGGGACGGAGCCUGGAAUUUCAUCUCUGAAAGUAGCAGAUUCAGAACUCUCUCCCAUGAAAGGGGAGAAGUCUGGUGCAGAGUCGGCGACAGACGGAGCCUGUGGUUGGUCCAAGACAAACUUGGAGGUGUCGUGUGGAGUAGAGAUGGGUGGGAACACCUUGUUUGUGGUGGACCCUCUUCCUUGGUGCCCUCAUCUAGACUCUGUUAAACCACUGCCCCCUGCUGGUUUGGAUGUGUUCAAACCCUGUGAAGACUGUGGCUCUGAGAUGGAGAACUGGGUUUGUCUCACCUGCUACAAGGUGUUCUGUGGCCGGUAUGUGAAUGAGCACAUGGUAAUUCACGGAGUCACAGCAGAACAUCCUGUGGUUCUGAGCUACGCCGACCUGUCAGUGUGGUGCUACCUCUGUGAAUCCUAUGUCCACAACCAGAUUUUAUUUGAAGCCAAGAACGCAGCUCAUUGGGCAAAAUUUGGAGAAGAAGUUCCACCCUGGACUUAAAACAAAAACUCUCUCUUAAAACCUUUUAUUCUAGUCUUUUUAUAUUUUAUCGCCUGAAAUACUGUGUGAAUGGACUUUUUAGGAGCGCCAUCAUGGAGAAUGGACUCACCAGUGGGUUUUACUGAAAUUUUCAGCAUCUUUUGGGAACAUUAUUGUGAGAAUUUUAAUUAAUUUUGAAGGAUUUAUGAACAAAAAAAAGUAUUCAUCAGUAUUAUCCUUGGUUAAAUCCUAGUGGUGAUAAACAAAGAACUCCAUAAGCUUUUAUUUAUUAUUUUGAUGUUCCGUUUGAGGGCCAGACUCUAAGUUGGAAGACCUGCCAUUUGUUAUGAGUAGGUUCUAUUUACUUUGAGUUUUGUUUGAAUUUAAAUGAGACUGCUUUAAAAUAUUUAAGUUGGGCUUUCAAAAUAUUCUUUUCUAAUAGGCUCAUUUAAGCCUCUAGCCACAAACACAUCUCAGCUAAAGUCAUAGGUCUAGAACAAUAUCUAUGCCAGGUAUUUGUGACUGUAUAAGCCCAGAUCCAUCCUUCAUGUUUGUGUGAUAUCAAUGUUUGGCUCUGACUCUCGGUUGUAAUGUUAGUUUAGAUGUAACUGAGGCCUGUGUGUUCUGUGCAAUAUUCACUCAUUGUAUGAAAAAAUCUGAAACUUUGUACUUCACAGAAAUUUAAAAUUAAACUUUCAAAUCUCA